AGAGAUGGCGGAUUCCUAUACCUGCAAAGGUGGAAAGAAAGCUGCAGGCUCUAACAAACCUGCUGCCAGCAAAGAAAGCAGGACAGAGACAAGGAUAAACCCACCAGCAGAGCUGCCCAAGCUGGAAAAUGCGACCAGUGACAAAACUGAAGGCAGGAAGAAAGGACGACCCAAGGCCGAGAAUCAGGCACUGAAAGACAUCCCUCUCCCCCUGAUGAAUCAGUGGAAGGAUGAAUUCAAAGCCCACUCCAGGGUGAAAUGUCCCAAUUCAGGCUGCUGGCUGGAGUUCCCCAGCAUUUAUGGCUUGAAGUACCACUAUCAGCGCUGCCAAGGGGGUGCGAUCUCGGAGAAGCUGACCUACUCGUGCUCGUACUGUGAAGCUGCCUUCACCUCCAAAACCCAGCUGGAAAAGCAUCGGCUCUGGAAUCACUUGGACCGGCCAGUGCCAACCAGCAAAGCAGAAAACAAAGUUCCCAAGGCCAUUGGGAAGAGCAGUGGAAAGAAAAGAGCUGCUGAGAGUUCAGCUUGCCCCACCAUCCAUCCCAAACAGCCAAAGACGGAAAAAGCUGUGGCCCAGGAGCACACGGAGAAUGGCGAGUGCCCGGCGGAGAGCCGGGAGAGCAAGGAGUUCCAGAUCGCAGCGGCCGAGGCGAUGGCGGCCGCCACCCCCACGGCCAAGUCCUCGAGCGGGAAGGACGCCGGGCAGCAGCGGGGCAGCCAGGCCUCGCUGCAGGAGGAAGACCCCGAGAGGAUGAAGCACAGAAGGAAACAGAAAACUCCUAAGAAGUUUACGGGGGAGCAGCCAUCCAUCUCGGGGACAUUUGGACUGAAAGGUCUUGUCAAAGCAGAGGACAAGGCAAAAGCCCACCGAGCCAAGAAGUUGGAGGGAAACACCAGUAUGGAGGAGCUGAAAAAGAAAUCUCCAGGAGUUGCUGUGAAGAAGGAAACUGCUGUGCACCUACCAGCAGCAAACCCGGAGGACCAGUGGCAGCGGGAGAUCAGCGAGAAGGGGGAAGUCUCCUGUCCAACCUGCAGUGUUAUAACCAGGAAAACUAUUGUGGGGCUCAAAAAGCACAUGGAUGUCUGCCAGAAACUGCAGGAUGCCUUGAAGUGUCAGCACUGCAAAAAGCAGUUCAAGUCUAAAGCUGGGCUGAAUUACCACACCAUGGCUGAACACGUCAGCAAGCCUGUUCCUGUGGAAACCACUGGACUUGGUGAACAGGAAGAGCGGGAAAGGCUGAGGAAAGUGCUAAAGCAGAUGGGAAAACUGAAAUGCCCCAAUGAGGGCUGCGUGGCCAACUUCUCCAGCCUGAUGGGUUACCAGUACCACCAGAAGCGGUGUGGGAAGCAGCUCACUGAGGCCGACAAGCCUGUUUUCAGCUGUCCACACUGCAGCAAGAAGUACAAAUCCAAGGCUGGCCACGACUACCAUGUGCGGUCAGAACACACGGCCUCGGUGAGCCCCCCGGAUGCUUCCGCAGCCCGAGGAGCCGGGCCACCUCCCCCUGGGGGGGACUGCAGAGCUGCUGUGGAGCCCGUGGGCAGGACAGAGCCGGGCAGGGCCGGGCCGGGCAAGCCUCCGGAGGAGCCAGAGGUGAAGCAGGAGCCUGCUCCCAUAGAAGAUUUCGAGAGGACCCCGAGCGGCCGCAUCCGUCGGACGUCGGCCCAAGUAGCCGUCUUUCACCUCCAGGAGAUAGCAGAGGAUGAGCUCGCCAGGGAUUGGACCAAGCGGAGGAUGAAGGAUGACCUGGUGCCUGAAACGAAGCGGCUCAAUUACACCCGACCAGGGCUUCCAAAGCUCAAUCCCAGGCUGCUGGAAAACUGGAAGAACGAAGUGAAGGAGAAGGGCCGCAUCAACUGUCCCAACAAUUUCUGUGAAGCCAUUUACUCCAGCGUCUCGGGGCUGAAAGCUCACCUGGCCAACUGCAACAAGGGAGACCACUUGGUGGGCAAGUACCGCUGCCUCCUGUGCCAGAAGGAGUUCAGCUCCGAGAGCGGCGUCAAGUACCACAUCAUCAAGGCUCACUCAGAGAACUGGUUCCGAACCUCCUCAGAGGCCAGCCGGAAAAAGAAAAACAGGGAACAGCUUUCUUCCAGCAAAGAGGAGAAAAAGAAAAGCACAAACGGGAAGAAAAGAGGGAGGAAACCCAAGGAGAGGCCUCCAGAAAUGUCUCCAAAGGGCAAAGAAAGCGUGGCAGCAAAGACUAAUCACAAGAAAACCCUCGAGCACUGGGAAGGCUCCCGGGGCAGCCCCGAGGGGGAUGAGCAUGUCCCCAAGCCCCCAGGCCAGCGGAAGGGAGGAGCCAGCAAGAUGCCUGAGAAAUGAGCAGCUCAGAGACUCAUGUCCAAGGAUUCGUUUACAGCCCAGGGUAACAGGGUGGGGGUCUCUCCCGGUUUUAUGUCCUCUCCUUCCCAUUCCACCUCCCUUCCCCCCACCCUCCUCUCACCCUCUUUUUACAAAAAGAAAGGAAAAAAAGAAAAAAAAAAGACAGAAAAUACCAAUUAACCACUUUAAACAAGUCACGGACCUUGUUUCACACUGGAAAACAAACAGGAUCAAGGAAGCUGGACCGUUCUCCACCCCCUGCCUCUGUACAUACCCCUCGGUGGGACCCCGCUGCCUCCCCCAGCCCGUGAUUCCCCUCCCCUGCGCCAAACUGGUGACUCUUGAGUGAAAGAGAAGUGCAAUAGCAGCGGGUCCCGUGGAUGGGGACCCUCUGCCAGCAGCUGCGUGCCGGGGCAGGGAGCUGCCUGCCUGCCUGGCAGCCUCCAGUGGGCCCCAGCCUUCCAGCUCCAGGGCAAUGUUUCCAAAGAUGUUUGACCUGGUCGGGCAGAGGGUCCAGCAGUGGAUGCCGGGGGGGUCGGCAGCACUUUCCCUGCUGCCUCAGGUCGAGGGUUAGGGUUUGGCAGGGAUCGGCUCCGUGGGGUGUCGGCUUUGCAGGGUUUGUCUCAGCGGCACAGGCAGAGGAGGGAACAGGGAACGUGGGCACGGAGUGUGACCAGGGCUGGGGGUACGGGGGGCGAGAGU